UUUUUUUAGUUGUCCGCCCUUUCCUUGUUUCUCUCUUUCUCGCUUCUGUCUCGCUCUCGGGCUAAGAAGGGGAGGAGGACAUGCGAUACGGUUGCUGGGAUUUGGGAGCGGAGAUCGGACGGCGGUGAAAUGUCUGAGCCCAGGGAUCCGGCGAUCAAGCUCUUCGGGAAGACUAUCCCGCUGCCAGAGAGCCUGCCGCUGCCGUUGCCGCCGGCGGAGGCGGAGGAUAAGGAGGCGCGGCCCACCGAUCCGGCACCGCAGCCGGAUCCAGCCGAGGACGGCGAGAAGGAUACAUGCAAAGAAAAUACAGACAUGGAAGUCAACAAUCCGAUGCCAGAUGUUCCAGACGAAGUGAACCAGCGUGACCCAAAUAAUUCUGGUUUGCACAAUGGAAAUGGAGAUGACAAUGAAGCACCCAAUCAGGAUGAGAAAGUAGCAAUGGAUUCCAAAGCUGAUCAUGAUAAGACUGAGGCUGACAGCUCCGGCCAAGAGAAGGUUCUGAAGAAGCCAGAUAAGGUUCUGCCAUGUCCUCGCUGCAACAGUAUGGAGACCAAGUUCUGUUAUUACAACAACUACAACGUUAACCAACCCAGGCACUUUUGCAAGAAUUGUCAGAGGUAUUGGACUGCAGGAGGGACCAUGAGAAAUGUUCCCGUAGGUGCUGGAAGGCGUAAAAAUAAGCACUCUGCCUCACAUUACCGACACAUGAUGAUGUCUUCUGAUGGACUAGCAUCUGGUCGAGUAGUUGCUGCUGAUCUAACCCCUCACCAGGCUCUUCCUUGUGGGCCUUCUGUCCCUAUGAGGUCUAUGAAGGGAAAUGGCAAUGUACUAAAAUUUGGACAAGAAGUGCCACUUUGUGAGUCCAUGGCCUCUGUACUCAAUCUUGGAGAACAGAAGAAAAAUGCUGAUUUUGACUCAAUCGCUUGUGGUGAAAACAAGGAGGACCCCUCAUGUGCAUCUUCAGUGACAGCCUCUAACUGUGUGGAAAAUGGAUUCCCUGAAAAUGCAGUUCCCAUGGAACAAAAUGGUAUGCAAGGAUAUUGUAAUGGAAUGACUCCCAUGCCUCAUUUGCAGUGUUAUCCUGGGGCUCAUUGGGCUUACCCUUGGGGUCCAGGAUGGAACAAUGUUGCUGCCAUGGCAGGAGGUAGGUGCUCAUCUGAGCUUGUUUAUGGACCAGAGAAUGGAAGCCCAACUCCAAUUCCAUGGAGCCCCCCGCCAAUGAUGCCGGGCCCUGCUUUUUGUGCACCAACCAUUCCCUUUCCUUUUAUGCCAGCUUCAUUUUGGGGUUGGCCCAAUGGGGCGUGGAAUGUAGCAUGGUUUGGAGCUAAUGGCGGCAUAUCACCAUCAUCCUCUACAAGCAACAGUGGUUGUUCAGGCAAUGGUUCUCCAACCUUGGGUAAGCAUUCUAGAGAUGCAAGUUUACAGGGCGAGGAGACGAUGGAAAAAUCUUUAUGGGUUCCUAAAACCCUGAGAAUUGAUGAUCCAGAUGAGGCUGCAAAGAGUUCUAUAUGGGCUACCCUUGGCAUAAAGCCUGAAGAAGGUGGUAUCUUCAAACCUUUCCAAUCCAAGGCAGAAAGCAAGGGUCAGACAUCAGAUGCUUCUCAGGUCUUGCAUGCAAAUCCUGCAGCAUUGUCCCGCUUUCGGUCCUUUCAGGAGAGUACAUAAGAGAGUAACUCAGGGAUAUUCUGAAGAAAAUUUUCUUUUCUUAGCGGACUAUACUGAAAUGGCCGUUACAUGUUGAGGAUGUUGGAGCUGCUUUUAGCUUGUGGCUCCAAUAUGGAAGCACUGUUAUAUGUACCUAUGAUAGCAGAUCAUGAUAUCUGACAGACAAAGCCAGUGGUGAAGCUUUCUAGUGCUGUCUUUAAAGCUGCCAGGGGAAAUGGCCAGGUUUGCCAAGAUUUCUAUGAUUAUGAAGAAUUCUUGUUGUAAAUAGUAGUGAUAAAGGUUACUGUUUAUAACUUCAGAGAUAGUUUCUUUAGAUGUGCCUGCCCUGUCUCAUGGACCAGAGUUGUCAACAUGCUCAGUGAAUCAAGAAAGGAAGAUGCAUUUGAUAAUCCAUCCUGAUGGUAUGGAAUGAAGAGUGCACCUUUAGAAACCAAAGAUCUGAUCUAAACCUUAUCCCAUAUGAGAUAAAGAAAUAGAACUUUAAUUGAGUUUUUAUAGGGUUUUCUUUUGUUUGAUAGAGCAUCUACAAUCAUGAUGUUUGUAUGAGUUUAAGCUGGACUGUUGAAUUCUGUGUUGAUGAGCUUAGUUUUAUUUUCACAGUCCCUCUUUGCUAUUCUACUCUUCUGGCUAGUUCUGGCUUUUAAUCAUCAAACUUUUUGUGAUGUGUUUUAUGGAA